AUUUGAGAUAAAUAAGAAGGGAACUCGCAGUUGGACUUAAAUUAAGGAACUGAAGGAAGCAGAUGGACUUGAAGGGAAAACCAGCUGACCAUGGCUACUACAUGCCUGCUGAGUGGGAAUCCCAUUCACAAACUUGGAUCGGCUGGCCAGAACGACCCGAUAACUGGAGGGAAAAUGCUGUGCACGCUCAGCAAGUAUUUGCUAGUGUAGCAACUGCUAUCUCAAGAUUUGAGCCUGUCACAGUUUGUGCUAGUUCCACUCAGUGGAGCAAUGCACGUAAUCAGCUACCGGAACCUAUCAGGGUUGUUGAGAUGAGCUUAAAUGAUUCUUGGUUUCGCGAUAGCGGUCCAACCUUUGUUGUAAAAAAGGAUAGAGAAAAUUAUCAGAAUCUUGAGCCAAGGGUUGCAGGCAUUGACUGGACCUUUAAUUGCUGGGGAGGAGUCGAGGAGGGAUGCUAUGCAGACUGGAGUCAUGACCUUCUUGUUGCAAGGAAGAUUUUGGCCAUUGAAAGGCUCCCUAGGUUCCCUCAUACUAUGAUUCUUGAAGGUGGAGGCAUUCACGUAGAUGGAGAAGGUACGUGCAUCACUACAGCAGAAUGUCUCUUGAAUAAAAACAGGAAUCCUGAUAUGUCGAAAGAAGACAUUGAAUGUGAACUUCAACAAUAUCUCGGGGUCAACAAGGUCAUCUGGUUACCUCGUGGAUUAUUCGGUGAUGAUGACACGAAUGGGCAUAUAGAUAACAUGUGCUGUUUUGUGAAACCCGGAGUCGUUUUGUUGUCUUGGAUUGAUGACAAGGCUGACUCUCAGUAUGAAAGAUCUUUGGAAGCUCUUACUGUACUCGAAAAUUCAACAGAUGCAAAGGGCAGAACGUUUCAAGUGAUAAAACUUCAUGUGCCUGGUCCUCUCUAUAUGACUGAAGAUGAGGCAAAUGGAUUAUACGAGGACGGCGAUGCUAAACCAAGACCUCAAGGCACACGGCUUGCUGCUUCAUAUGUGAACUUCUACAUUGCAAAUGGUGCAAUCAUCACUCCACAAUUUGGAGACAAGAAAUGGGAUGAUGAAGCUGUUCGAGUUUUGUCACUUGCAUUUCCCGAUCAUAAGGUAGUUAGAAUUGAAGGUGCAAGGGAGAUCGUCUUAGGAGGCGGGAAUAUACAUUGUAUCACUCAACAACAGCCGCUCUGCUCAUGAAGGCCGGUGAUUAUGAAGUUUGUAGUGGUUUUCCUACACACUUUUUUUAAACAAUAAAAGGUAGAACAGCUUCCUCCUAUGAUCUGCUGCAUUAUUAUAAUUUAAGUUGGCGCAUUUGAAGCUCCAUUAUUUAUGCUUUGGUAAAAGCCACUGAUGGCUAUUGAUGGCCUAUGUGCAAUCUUUUUUUUUUCCCAUUAUAAAGAUACAACUUUGAGCAAUUGAAUUGAACAAAUUCAGGCAAGUUCACUGUGCAUAUGCCAUAGAUGUGUGUAGAUGAUUUCGAUUUUGACUCUUUAUAUGUGCUAGCUUAUUGGCUACUUUGGAAUUGAAUCAGAGAUAUGGGCAAAGUGUGAGUUACUACUCAAAUAAAAAUGGAUGAUAGGU